ACACGCAAGUCCCUUGCCAAGGGAAGCAGUCUAUUGAAACCGUAGCAGCAGAAGCGGGCCGAGAUCAGCCCGAUCAGCGUGAUCAGCCCUGAAAGACAAGCAGCCAGAAUUCCACAUUGAUCAAUCUUCAAGGAAAGGUCAAACAGCUACACCGUCAGCCAUCGUUCCUUCGCGCGUCGCUCUCGCCAGCAUGACUGCGACCAUAGCAACCGUCGUGUCGGCAAAAGCCGCAUGUCUGCCAACGCCAGUACCGAAACUUUUCCGAGUGAACUUAAACACAUCCCUGGCGGCGGUGCCGCUCCCGGAACGAACCAGACGACCCUCAUUCGUUUCCCGCUUCUCGCGGCGCCAGCAGGCGCAACCGUGCCGCGCCGCUGCAAGCGACAAGGAAGGCAGGCUGCCGCCGUCUCCCGCGAUCGCGCGGAGCGUGUCGGCGGCGGCGUCCGCGGAUUCGUCGUCGGCGGGAUCGGCAGAAGCGGGAACGACUCUCUUGGCGGAGACAGACCAGCAGAAGCUUGUAUCGGACGUCGCGUGGCUUUUAUCGAGACCGCGGAGCUACUACUAUCGGGAACACCACCACGAGCAGCAGCACGAGCGCCACGGGCUCUUCAGCGCGCUCCGCAAGAGCGAGGAACAAGCGCAAGCCGCGGGGAACGGCGCCGCGGGAAGUAACGACGACGAGCGGGCGGCGGCGGCGAGCGUGAAGGAAGGGACGACGAUCGGCGAGGUGGCGGCGAUGGAGCUCGUGCGACAGCUGGACCCGCAGGGCCGGCAGGUGCUGCUCACCGCGCUCUUCCCGGGAGCCGACAACUCGGAGGCGGAGGAGGAGUUCGAGCACGCGGACGCGCACCACGACGGUGUGAUCAGCGAGGGCGAGUUCGAGCAGUACGUGGACGAGCAGCAGGCGAAGAUCGACGCGCUGCACCAGCCGCUCGACAUGAAGCAACUCGCGCUGCUCGCGAGGAAGGAAUUGAUAGGAAACAUGGGCUUCGGAAUCACAAAGAACACGGUGAUGAUUAUAUCGGGCGACCUUAUAGCGAGUACGCUUGGAGCUGCUUUCGGCUUCUCCACCCUCAUGGCUGCUGGACUAGGCAAUGCUGUGGCGGACGUGGUGGGCACGUGGUGCCGGGAGGGCAUAGAGGCGUCGUCGUCCAAGCUACUGCCGGGCUCUGCCUUCUCCUCGCACCAGCUCGAGCAGCCCAAGGCGCAGCUCUUCGCCACGGGGGGCGCUGUCGUAGGGGUCACCGUGGGGGGGCUCAUUGGCCUUUCGCCGCUGUUUUUCCUCCCGAGCCGGGGGGCCGGGAGUGGCGCGGGUGGGCACGGGGCGGGUCCGGCGGUGACUGCUGGCGUGGCGGCCGCUUCGGCGGCUGCUUCAGCGAUGAAGGUUGUUGCUCCAAUCGCUACUAUUGCAUCAGCGGAUGGGGUUGAGGAGGCCGCAGCUAGUCACUCCCAUUCUGCUGCUGCUGCUGCUGCUACAGCCGGCGCUACAGCUGGCAGUGUGCCUGGUGCUGCGUUCACCCGCGGCAUGACGGCCCAUGCGUCCAUCAGUGCGGCGCAGUGGAUGGGGCCGUCCCCCAUCUUCCGCCCGCUGCCCCUCGCAGGGCCCAUGGGGGAGAGGGGAGGGCUGGGAGUGGCGCUGGUGCUGGCGCUGUCUGCACUCAAUCUGGCACGGCGAGUGAGGGGGGUGUUCAUGAGGAGGGGGGGGGAGAGAAGGGGGGAUGGGGAGGGGAUGUCGCAAUAAGAGCGUUGUCCUAGUGGGAUUGAUGAGGAGGCAAAAUCGCUUAGUGGAACAUAAGGCACAUCGACAUAUACAUUUGACAAUUGGGUUGCAUCUUCAAUCUUGCUAGGCUUCACAAACAGCAUAGGGGUUUGUUUUUAUACG